CAGGGAGAAGUUUAGAGAUGGAGGACGUGGUGAUAGCAGGUAUAGCAGGAAAGCUGCCAGAAUCAGAGAAUUUGCAAGAGUUUUGGGAGAACCUGCUUAAUGGAGUUGAUAUGGUCACAGAGGAUGAUCGGAGGUGGAAACCAGGAAUUUAUGGACUGCCCAAGAGAAAUGGAAAGCUCAAGGACAUAAGCAAAUUUGAUGCAUCUUUUUUUGGGGUUCACCCCAAACAAGCUCAUACGAUGGAUCCUCAGCUUCGCUUGCUGUUGGAAGUUUCUUAUGAAGCUAUUUUGGAUGGAGGUAUUAAUCCAGCCACCCUCCGUGGCACAGACACAGGUGUAUGGGUUGGUGCCAGUGGGUCAGAAGCUGCUGAAGCCCUUAGCCAAGAUCCAGAAGAGCUUUUGGGAUACAGUAUGACUGGCUGCCAGCGUGCUAUGUUUGCCAACAGGAUUUCCUACUUUUAUGACUUAACAGGACCAAGCAUAACUAUUGACACAGCGUGCUCCUCUAGUCUUAUUGCUCUGGAAAAUGCUUAUAAGGCAAUUCGUCAUGGACAGUGCAGUGCAGCCCUAGUAGGAGGGGUCAACAUUUUGCUGAAACCCAACACUUCUGUACAGUUCAUGAAACUGGGUAUGCUUAGUCCUGAUGGUGCCUGCAAGGCAUUUGAUGUUUCAGGAAAUGGAUAUUGUCGCUCUGAGGCUGUUGUUGUUGUUCUUUUGACCAAGAGAUCUAUGGCUAAGCGGAUCUAUGCCACAAUAGUCAAUGCUGGAAGUAACACUGAUGGCUUUAAGGAGCAAGGUGUGACAUUCCCAUCUGGAGAGAUGCAGCAGCAGUUGGUCAGCUCUUUGUACAGAGAAAGCGGUGUCAACCCUGGAGAAGUGGAGUAUGUUGAAGCUCAUGGGACGGGCACCAAGGUUGGAGAUCCACAGGAAGUAAAUGGCAUUGUAAAUGUCUUCUGUCAAUGUGAGAGAGAGCCACUGUUGAUUGGAUCAACCAAGUCAAACAUGGGUCAUCCAGAGCCUGCCUCUGGUCUUGCUGCAUUAGCCAAGGUGAUUCUCUCUCUGGAACAUGGGCUGUGGGCUCCAAAUCUUCAUUUCAAUACCCCAAAUCCAGAUAUUCCUGCCUUACAAGAUGGCUCUCUAAAGGUAGUUUGUAAACCUAUGCCAGUGAAAGGUGGCCUUGUCAGUAUCAACUCUUUUGGCUUUGGAGGUGCUAAUGCCCAUGUAAUUCUGAGGCCAAAUGAAAACAAACGCCAGCCUCUGGAGACCUGUAACAUGCCAAGACUGGUUCAAAUUUGUGGCAGAACGCAGGAAGCUGUGGAAAUACUUAUUCAAGAGAGCAGAAAACAUGGAGGAUGCAGCCCAUUUGUAAGCAUGCUCAGCGAUAUCUCUGCAGUUCCUGUAUCCUCCAUGCCCUACAGGGGCUACACACUAGUUGGCACUGAGAACGACAUAAAAGAGGUUCAGCAAGUUCAAGCAUCUGGUAGACCUCUCUGGUACAUCUGCUCAGGCAUGGGAACACAGUGGAAAGGUAUGGGCCUGAGCCUUAUGAAGUUGGAUUUGUUUCGCCAGUCUAUAUGGCGCUCGGACGAGGCUUUGAAGAACACAGGCCUAAAGGUCUCGGACCUGCUUCUGCAAGCAGACGAGAACACUUUUGACGACACCGUCCAUGCGUUCGUUGGACUAGCUGCUAUUCAGAUUGCACAGAUUGAUAUGCUGAAGGCUGCAGGUCUACAACCUGAUGGGAUUUUGGGCCACUCGGUGGGAGAACUAGCUUGUGGCUAUGCAGACAACUCCUUAAGUCACGAGGAAGCUGUUCUUGCCGCUUAUUGGCGGGGACGAUGUGUUAAAGAGGCCAAAUUGCCCCCAGGAGGAAUGGCUGCUGUUGGUCUGACAUGGGAGGAAUGUAAGCAACGCUGUCCUCCGCAUGUGGUACCAGCCUGUCACAACUCUGAAGAUACUGUCACUGUUUCGGGGCCUCUGGACUCUGUGAAUGAGUUUGUAGCCAAACUGAAAAAGGAUGGUGUGUUCGCAAAGGAGGUGCGCAGUGCUGGAGUUGCAUUUCAUUCCUAUUACAUGGCGUCUAUUGCACCAGUGCUGCUGAGUGCCCUGAAAAAGGUUAUUCCACACCCUAAACCUCGUUCAGCACGAUGGAUCAGUACAUCUAUACCUGAAUCUCAAUGGCAGAGUGAUCUGGCUAGGAAUUCCUCUGCAGAGUAUCACGUGAACAACCUAGUGAAUCCAGUGCUGUUCCACGAAGGUCUGAAGCAUGUUCCAGAGAACGCUGUUGUAGUAGAGAUUGCUCCUCAUGCUCUUUUACAGGCUAUCUUGAGGAGAACUUUGAAACCAACUUGCACCAUUCUACCUUUGAUGAAGAAAGAGCACAAAAAUAAUUUGGAGUUCUUCCUAAUACAGACUGGAAAGAUUCAUUUAACUGGGAUAAAUGUUCUUGGAAAUAACUUGUUCCCACUUGUGGAGUACCCUGUCCCUGUGGGAACACCCCUUAUUUCUCCAUACAUCAAAUGGGACCAUAGCCAGGACUGGGAUGUUCCAAAAGCUGAAGACUUUCCAGCAGGUUCCAAAGGCUCUGCAUCUGCUUCACUCUACAAUAUUGAUGUGAGUCCUGACUCUCCUGACCACUACUUGGUUGGUCACUGCAUUGAUGGCAGAGUUCUGUACCCAGCAGCUGGGUACCUAGUACUGGCUUGGCGAACUCUGGCACGGUCUCUUGGGAUGGCUGUGGAGCAAGUGGCUGUUAUGUUUGAAGAAGUCACAAUUCAUCAGGCGACUAUCCUUCCCAAAAAAGGAUCAGUACAGCUGGAAGUAAGACUCAUGCCUGCUUCCCACUGCUUUGAGGUGUCAGGGAAUGGGAAUCUGGCUGUGAGUGGGAAGAUUUCCCUCCUAGAACAAAAUGCUCUGAAGAACUUCCAUAACCAGUCAGUUGACUUUCAGUCUCAAGUAGACAUGAGCUCGAAGUCUGGCCUCUUGAAAGAAGACAUUUACCAAGAGCUGCAUCUGCGUGGAUAUAAUUAUGGACCAACUUUCCAGGGCGUUCUGGAAUGCAACAGUGAAGCAAGCACUGGGAAGGUCCAGUGGAAUAGGAACUGGGUGACCUUCCUUGACAGCCUGCUACACGUACUAAUCUUAGCUGAGACUGGGCGCAGUCUGCGUUUACCCACCAGGAUUCGCUCAGUACUUAUUGACCCAGUGCUGCAUCAGGAGCAGGUGUGCCAAUACCAGGACGAUGUAGAAGCUUUUGAUGUUGUUGUGGACCACUGUCUUGAUAGCCUUAAAGCAGGGGGUGUUCAGAUCAAUGGCCUUCAUGCUGCUGUGGCACCACGACGACAACAGGAACGGAUCCCUCCCACCUUGGAAAAAUUCUGCUUUGUGCCCUAUACUGAGAGUGACUGUUUGUCUUCCAGUGUCCAUCUUCAUGCCUAUCUGGAGCACUGUAAAGAUCUGAUCCAGAACUUACAGGCUAAGGUGGCAGUGCAUGGGGUCAAAUUAGUCAUCCCUGGACUAGAAACUGCAGUGGCUGCUGCAGAGUCCUCACCCAUACAGAAGGGCCUUCAGCAUAUCCUUGCUGAAAUCUGCCAUCUGGAACUGAAUGGAAACCUCCAUUCUGAGCUGGAACAGAUUGUGACUCAAGAGAAAAUGCACUUCCAGGACGACCCUCUUCUCAAUGGAUUGCUAGAUUCUUCAGAGUUGAAGACUUGUCUGGAUAUGGCAUUGGAGAACAUGACCAGUCACAGGAUGAAGAUAGUAGAGGCUCUUGCAGGAAGUGGACAUCUGUUCUCUCGUGUCAAAAGUAUUCUGAACACUCAGCCCCUGUUGCAGGUGGACUACAUUGCAACUGACCGCAUUCUGGAAACUCUUUCAGCUAAUGAAAAGGAGCUACAAGAUGCUGGAGUUCUCCUUAGCCAGUGGGAUCCAUCUAGCCUUCCCUCUGGAAAUCUGACCAACGCUGACCUGGUGGUAUACAACUGUUCGACAAGUGUUCUAGGGAACACCACUGAAAUUCUCUCUAAUUUGGCAGCUGCAGUGAAAGAAGGAGGGUUUGUUUUGCUACACACCCUUCUUAAAGGAGAAACUCUUGGAGAAAUUGUCAGUUUCCUUGCAAGUCCAGAUCUACAGCAGAAACACAGCUUCCUGAGUGAGGCACAGUGGGAAGGCUUAUUCAGCAAAGCCUCACUGAAUCUGGUUGCUAUGAAGAAAUCAUUCUUUGGAUCGGUUAUUUUCCUGUGUCGCCGGCAAGCCCCUGCCAAAACACCUGUUUUUCUGCCAAUAGAUGAGACCGAUUAUAAGUGGGUUGAAUCCUUAAAGAAGGUCUUGGCAGACCCAUCAGAGCAGCCUGUGUGGUUGACUGCCGUCAGUUGUGGGAACUCAGGAAUUCUGGGAAUGGUGAACUGCCUCCGCCUUGAAGCAGAAGGCCACAGAAUCAGGUGUGUGUUCAUUUCCAACUUGAACCCUUCAUCAGCUGUCCCACCCACAAGUCUGUCUUCACUGGAGAUGCAGAAGAUUGUUCAGAGGGACCUGGUGAUGAAUGUGUGUCGUGAUGGAAAGUGGGGCUCCUUCAGGCAUCUCCCAUUGCAGCAAGCACAACCUCAGGAGUUGACAGAGUAUGCCUAUGUGAAUGUGUUGACUCGUGGAGAUCUCUCAUCUCUUCGCUGGAUUGUCUCCCCGCUUCGGCACUUCCACACAACUAAUCCCAAUGUUCAACUCUGCAAAGUCUAUUAUGCAUCUCUCAACUUUCGGGACAUUAUGCUUGCCACAGGAAAGCUUUCUCCAGAUGCUAUUCCUGGUAACUGGGCUUUGCAGCAGUGCAUGCUGGGCAUGGAGUUCUCAGGACGGGACCUGGCUGGAAAAAGGGUGAUGGGAUUGCUGCCGGCAAAGGGGCUGGCUACAGUAGUAGACUGUGACAAGAAGUUUCUAUGGGAAGUGCCUAAAAACUGGACUCUGGAAGAAGCAGCCUCAGUCCCUGUGGUUUAUGCCACUGCUUAUUAUGCUUUGGUGAUUCGAGGUGGUAUGAAGAAGGGUGAGAGUGUCCUUAUUCACUCUGGCUCAGGAGGUGUGGGCCAAGCAGCCAUUGCCAUUGCCCUGAGCAUGGGCUGCCAAGUCUUUGCUACUGUAGGCUCCACUGAGAAACGCGAGUAUCUCCAAGCAAGAUUCCCACAGCUGGAUGCUAAUAGCUUUGCCAGCUCCCGAAAUACUACCUUUGAGCAACAUAUACUGCGAGUUACCAAUGGAAAAGGUGUCAACCUCGUGUUGAAUUCCUUGGCAGAAGAGAAGCUCCAAGCCAGUUUGCGUUGUCUUGCUCGACAUGGGCGCUUUUUGGAAAUAGGCAAAUUUGAUCUGUCUAACAACAGUCAGCUUGGAAUGGCUCUGUUCCUCAAGAAUGUGGCAUUUCAUGGGAUCCUACUAGAUGCAAUCUUUGAGGAGGGAAACCAAGAGUGGGAAGCAGUAUCAGAGUUGUUGAAGAAAGGUAUAAAAGAUGGCGUGGUAAAGCCCCUGAGGAGUACGGUCUUCAACAAAGAAGAGGUAGAAGCUGCCUUCAGAUUCAUGGCACAAGGAAAACAUAUUGGCAAAGUUAUGAUCAAGGUCCAAGAAGAGGAAAAGGAGUACCCUUUAAGAAGGUCAGAACCAGUUAAAAUCUCUGCCGUCUCCCGAACGUCCUGUCCAGCUACCAAGUCUUACAUCAUCACAGGGGGCCUAGGAGGAUUUGGACUUGAGUUGGCACAGUGGCUAAUUGAGAGAGGAGCACAGAAGCUUAUACUGACAUCUCGUUCUGGCAUACGAACUGGUAAGCAAAAACUGUAAAGGAGCAGUGAACAUGCCUUUCAACAGACCUCUCUUUCAAAUAAUAAUGCUACCAGGCUAGACGGAACACAGCUGUUGAUAGAAGAAGCUUUGCAGUUCGGCCCAGUUGGAGGCAUCUUUAAUUUGGCUGUGGUCCUUAGAGAUGGCAUGAUUGAAAAUCAGACCCCAAAAUUCUUCUGGGAGGUCAACAAGCCCAAGUAUUUGGGCACCCUUCAUUUGGAUUGGGUGACUCGUAAGAAGUGUCCAGACCUGGACUAUUUUGUUGUGUUCUCAUCUGUAAGCUGUGGAAGAGGAAAUGCUGGACAAAGUAAUUAUGGCUUCGCCAAUUCUGCUAUGGAGCGUAUCUGUGAGCAGCGACAUCAUGAUGGGUUCCCAGGCCUGGCAAUCCAAUGGGGAGCCAUUGGUGAUGUGGGUAUCCUUUUGAAGACAAUGGGAAACAGAGAGGUUGUGGUUGGGGGAACCAUUCCCCAGCAAAUCAGCUCAUGCCUGGAGGUGCUUGAUACCUUUCUGAAUCAGCCUCAUCCUGUCAUGUCAAGUUUUGUCCUAGCAGAGAAGGUCUCUGUAAAAACUGAAGGAGGCAGUCAACGGGAUCUUGUAGAAGCUGUUGCUCACAUCCUGGGUGUCCGUGACGUCAGUAGUCUGAAUGCUGAGAGUUCCUUGGCAGACUUGGGCUUGGAUUCCUUGAUGGGUGUGGAGGUGCGCCAGACACUGGAGAGGGACUAUGACAUCGUUAUGACCAUGAGAGAAAUUCGACUCCUUACAAUCAACAAACUGCGUGAACUUUCUUCCAAGUCCGGGACAGCAGAGGAGCUGAAGCCAUCCCAACUGAUGAAGACGGGCCCGAGUGAACCUCCAAAACUAGAUUUGAACAACUUGUUGGUGAACCCAGAAGGGCCAACGAUCACCCGUCUCAAUGAUGUUCAGAGCACAGAGCGCCCUCUUUUCCUUGUUCACCCCAUUGAAGGAUCCAUUGCAGUUUUCUACACUCUUGCCUCCAGACUUCACAUGCCCUGCUAUGGGCUCCAGUGCACAAAAGCUGCUCCUUUGGACAGUAUACAGAGCCUGGCAGCCUAUUACAUUGACUGUAUGAAGCAGAUACAGCCUGAAGGACCUUACCGCAUUGCUGGAUAUUCAUUCGGUGCCUGUGUAGCCUUUGAAAUGUGCUCCCAACUGCAAGCACAACAAAAUGCUUCCCAUGCACUCAACAGUCUGUUCCUCUUUGAUGGGUCUCAUUCAUUUGUGGCAGCAUACACUCAGAGCUACAGAGCCAAGUUGACCCAAGGAAAUGAGGCUGCAUUGGAGACUGAAGCAUUGUGUGCCUUUGUUCAGCAAUUUACAGGCAUUGAAUAUAAUAAGCUGCUGGAGGUUCUUCUGCCCCUGAAAGGUCUGGAGGCUCGUGUGAACGCUGCUGCAGACCUGAUAACUCAGAUUCAUACCAACAUCAAUCGUGAAGCACUCAGCUUUGCUGCUGCUUCUUUUUACCAUAAACUGAAGGCUGCUGACAAGUAUAUACCAGAGUCCAAGUAUCAUGGAAAUGUGACACUGAUGCGGGCAAAGUCUCACAAUGAAUAUGAAGAAGGUCUGGGUGGAGACUACAGACUCUCAGAGGUAUGCGAUGGGAAAGUAUCUGUCCAUAUUAUUGAAGGGGAUCACCGCACCUUACUGGAGGGAGAUGGCGUUGAAUCAAUUAUUGGGAUCAUCCACAGCUCACUGGCAGAGCCACGUGUCAGUGUCAGAGAGGGUUAACUUCUGCUUACUUACUGCGAAUGGUGAAGAAAAUGCCAACGACAUUCCUUGUUAUUACAGACCCCAAGGAACUCUUCCUGUUGUUCAACAUCUCAUCUGCUCUGCUGCCAGAACUGGAAAGUCCAGCUGAACUUGAUUAGUGUUUUUCUCUUUCUUGCUCAUCUUUUCUUUCCCCAAAUUCUAUGGGUUCUCUCUCCUCCUUCCCUUCCUAUGCAUUGUUUUCCCCUAGUAUCCCUGUCUGUGUUGCUCUAGUGCAGUGACUCUGUCACUGUGCACUGCUGUAAGGGUUCCCCACUGAUGGUUGCUUCCUACACCCUUGGCAGUAUGAAAAACAAAUUUAGGAGUAGAUUUCUUGUGCUCUAUAUUGUUUUGUCUUAACAGUAUUCCAAAGGGUAUGUGAUAGCACUUGUUGACCAAGCCCAGUGAGCAGGGAGAGGAGCUGCAGCGGAUUUCGGAGAUACAUUUUUGUCUGUGAAGAAUCUGUCUGUAGUUAGGUCAGAAAGAGAAUUCCAUUGAGGCUUUUGUAACUAUAUUUUUUUAAUUUGAUAUAUUCUAAGUAUUUAUUGUGUCAAACCAGAGACUUGUUACUUGGUUUUAAUUUAUCGUGGGUUAUAGGAGAAAAGAAACAUCCCAUUUUGGAGGGGAAGGUUUAUUCUGCAAGGGAAAGUUGCCCAUUUGUUAAACCAAAGUGCAUCUUUG